GGGACAACCUCUCAGCUCUGUCGACAGAACUGAUCCCACCCCACACCACACAUAUUCACCGGUUUCCCGAUACCAACCCUCCAAGAUGAUGGGGAUAAGCGCACAAACAACGGUCGUCGACCAGCAGGAGGUCCGCACCUUCUCCCACGAGGAGGUCUCCGAACACCACACGGCGAAAUCCCUAUGGCUGACCUUGGGAAGCAAAGUCUACGAUGUCACAAAUUUCAUGUUCGAUCACCCCGGAGGCGAAGAGCUGUUGCUGCAGUAUGGAGGAAAGGACGUGUCCGAGGUCAUGAAGGACCCCGUCGAGCACGACCACUCAGAGUCGGCUUACGAACUGCUUGAGGAGUACUACAUUGGCGAAUUAGCGGCGUCGUCCGUAACAGCCAGCGCAGUGGAUUCCGAGGGCGUCUCGGUUCUGAAGAAGCGUACAACAACCACCACGACGACCACCACGACAACCACCCCUGUCGAACCAUUCAUCGACGUCACAAAGCCUAUGCUGGUGCAGGUCUGGUUCGGCAACUUCACCAAAGAGCACUACCUAAAGCAUGUUCACAUGCCACGACACGCUAAGGGGUCGGCGCCAAUCUUCGGGAAUCCGAUUUUGGAGUCGUUAACCAAGACCGUUUGGUACGCCGUGCCCAUGUUCUGGGCGCCGAUCUGGAUCGUGUCUCUAUACCUUGCCAGCCAGCAAAUCGGCCUGCCGGCCACAUUGCAAUUAUUGCCUCUUGGCGUGCUUCUCUGGACCGUGAUCGAGUACAGCCUGCAUAGGUUCCUGUUCCACGUGGAGGCGGUUUUGCCAGACAACCGUGUUGCUCUUACGUUGCACUUCCUGCUGCACGGUAUUCACCACUACCUCCCCAUGGACAGGCUGCGUCUUGUGAUGCCUCCAGCUCUUUCCGUAAUUCUGGGAAUCGGCCUCUGGAACUUUUUCAGCGCGAUCCUGCCCAAGGAGUGGGUGUACGGUCUGGCAACAGGUGUCAUUCCAGGCUAUGUCGGGUACGACCUGAUACAUUUUUACCUACACCACGGCAGACCUUUCGCGGCUCAUCUACGAACCAUGAAGAGCUACCACUUGGACCACCACUACAAGGACGCCAACCUUGGCUACGGAAUCACCACCAAGUUGUGGGACCGGGUGUUCGGCACGCUCUUGUAAAUAGGCAGGAGAGGAGAGCCUCAACUGUAGCAAAUCAGCAUAAUCACAUACACCCGGUGUUAAUCGAUGCGGGAAGCACAGCGAAAACGGACGGUCCCCAGACCUUCAUUUAAAAGUCGGGUUGCCACACCCGAUUUUCGCGGCUCCUACACCACCUGCUGUACCGUAUUCAGUAAGCUGUUUCAGGUGGUCUGUCAGUCCCUCAUCGAACUCCUAGUUGCUGUAAACCCCCUAAUUGACUGGCUGGCUGGCCCUAUAAGCAAUGUAUCAUCAUAGAGAAUC